CGGAUUUAGUGAAACCAAUUAGGAGAAGCGCGUCCUGCCAUGGCGGAGGUGGUGCUGGAUUCUUGCCCCAGCAGCGACUCAGAGCCGGAGGGACCCCCCAAGAAGCCGCUCCCCAAGCGCCGCCGCCUCUUCCCGGACGCAGCAGUCCUAGCCGUCCCGGUCUACUCCAAUAAGGUUCAGAACAGCCUCCAGCUGUUCCCUGAAUCUCUGAAGCUGCCGGUUCAAGCCCCGCUAGUGUCUUCCAUGCCCCAGGGUGCAUCAGAUGAAGAGGAGGAGGAGGAGGAAGCGGAAGCGGUGACAGUAUCUCCCACAGAGGAAGAAAAAAGAUGUCAACUUUCGCCACCGUCACCAUCCCCUCCGCCUCCACCACGGACACGGAGACAGUGCCACGGAGCCCAAAGUCUUGACCAAAGGCUCAGAAAUCUGAAAUCCACCCUCUCAGCUGCCAAGAAGAGCCUACAGGAUGGAGGUUCAGGUUCUGAUGGGGAUGAUGUCAUCCUGAUUGACUCACCUGAGCCUUCAGAAGCCCAGGAGCUGGUCCUGAAGAUCCGGUGCCGGGCCGAUCUCUACAGAGUUUCCGUUCGGAUGACAGACCGCCUUCAGCGGGUGGUUGAACAUAUGGGACAGACGCUGAAGGUUCAUCCAAGCAGAAUACUACUCCUGCUCCAGGACCGCGAACUUGCACCUGAUGCCACUCCCCGCAGGCUGGGCCUGGGGGUGGCCGAUAUCAUUGAUUGUGUAGUGGAGACGACCAGCAAGGAGGGUGAUGAGGUGGGAAGCUUGCAGCUCCACGUGCAAGGGAAGGACAAGAGCUCCCACAUGGACAUCACGGUCCACAGGAGUGAGCCCUUGCGAACACUGAUGAAUCGCUACCGUCAGGCCCAAGGACUUGGGAGGCGCAAACUGACCUUCUACUUUGACGGGCAGCGUUUGGCAGAAAGCUGGACCCCGGAUGACGUGGGGAUGGAGCGUGGCGACGUCAUUGAAGUAUGGAGCUAGAGAGCCUUCUCUCUUGGGCAGAGAGGCCAUGUCUCUCAUCUUUGGGGUCUCCACCCGGAUCCCAGCUCUGUCAGACUUCAAUCCGUGCUACCUCUUACCUACCCUCAUUUUAACUUUUGUUAUGGGGGGGUGGGGUGGAGGAACAAAGAACAGGAACGUCACUUAGCUACCCCAGGUGUGGGGGAAUUGCCUACAUUUUUUAUCCUGUCUGGGCCACAAGAGGCAAAAGACUGGCAUCUCCUCUCACUUCCUUUCCAUAUCCCGAAUGUUUGGAAGCUGCAAAUGAAAUCGAUUUGUUUAAAUUGACCUAAUAUCACAGCUUGGAUGGGAGUGGUGAGAAACGGGUGUCUGGCACUGGACAAAUCCGCAUUCUGAGGUCCUGAUAAAUCCUGGUUCAGUCAACUGUCGAUUGAUCACGCACCCAAUUGUUUAUGUCAUCUGGACCGUACACAGUCCAGCAAAAAUUUGGUGAUUGGGCUUUCAAAGCAGGGUUUGCAGCCAGGGUGUGCAAACUGUGAUUCACAGAGAGUGACUCCGGAAUUCACACAACAUAGUUAGAAUAAAGUUGUUCCUUGUGGCUGUCCGGUUCUGGCGAGGUUAUCCUCCCUACUGGCAGGAAACAGACAAGCUAGGCUUUAUGCAUAAACUGAGGGUGGUUACUGUUUAUGUGUGGGGACAUAACUGGGGUUUGUUGUGCAAACUACAUUUUGUCAGGACACCUAAAUACGGUUGUCGUGCCCUAUAGGAGUUGGGAGUUGAUUUUUACUGUAGUCUGUGUGGUCUCAGUUGAUAUUUUAAACAUGUCUUUUAAAAAAAAUAUAUAUACAUACUUUUGUAAUAUAUAAAUAAAACUAGAAAAGGAAGAGGGGAAAAUCCACAUUUCUUUAAACAAAUUAGAGAAUGUCAUAAUGAGUGCCAUUGUUGGUCAAAG